UUGGCAUUGCACCUCUUACAGUGUCCUCACUGAACUCUGACCGAAUCAGUUAAAAUUAACCCGCGUUGCCCGAGCGCGCGCUCCCACGCGCCGAAUCCGUUCAGCUCGCGCCAGGACGCCGCGUGUCAGACCAGCCUCGGACUUUCGCCGCAUCUCCGCGAAGCGAGGAGCUACAAUAAACAAACCGUACCGAGCCCCCAAACCAAAGUAAGGCCCAGAAUCAGAAAAUGACAUCUAAAAAGCAGAGUUUACUGAGAGAAGCGUCUCAUCAGAUCAUAGCUGGCGGGUCCGCAGGUCUUGUGGAGAUUUGCUUGAUGCACCCAUUGGAUGUUGUGAAGACCAGGUUUCAAAUCCAGAGAGGUAAAGCUGACCCAAACAGCUAUAAAGGCCUUGGAGACUGUUUCAGAACUAUAUUUCGCAAUGAGGGAGUGUAUGGCUUCUACAAGGGUAUCCUUCCCCCCAAUUUGGCCGAGACCCCAAAGAGAGCAGUGAAGUUUUUUACCUUUGAGCAGUACAAGAAGCUGUUGAGCUUUACUCCUUUAUCACCCGGCCUGGCUCUCUCUGUGGCUGGCCUGGGGUCAGGGUUAACCGAGGCUCUGGUUGUAAAUCCAUUUGAAGUAGUGAAAGUGAGCCUACAGGCCAACAGGGAUUCAUUCAAAGUGCAACCGUCUACAUUUGCACAGGCCAGAACGAUUAUAAACAAAGACGGCUUCGGUCUACGUGGGCUUAAUAAGGGCCUGACCUCCACACUAGGACGGCAUGGAGUUUUCAACAUGAUCUACUUUGGUUUCUACUUCAACGUUAAAGAUGCCAUACCUGCCAGUCAGGACCCUCGACUGGAAUUCAUGAGGAAGUUUGCUAUCGGUUUGGUGUCAGGAACGGUCUCGUCCUGCGUAAACAUUCCUUUUGAUGUGGCUAAAAGCCGUAUCCAGGGUCCUCAGCCCGUUCCAAGGGAGAUCAAGUACCGUAGCUGCUUUCAGACCAUGGCUCUUGUGUACCGUGAGGAGGGAUAUCUUGCCUUAUACAAAGGACUGAUUCCCAAGAUAAUGAGACUUGGACCAGGCGGCGCGGUGAUGCUGUUGGUUUAUGAAUACGUAUCUGGCUGGCUGCAGAAGAACUGGUGACCAUCUGCACAUCACCAUCAGUCUGUGCUCCAUCCCUCCCCAGGUCGAUCAAACACAAUGCCAUGAUUGUUCCUCAACACCAACCACACUCAGAAUCACAGCUCCUGACAUGUGACAUGUAGACUCUCCACCACAAACGCUUAGCAACAGCGCAGUCAAUCCCUGGAUUUUGACAUUCCAAGUUUCGUUUAUAUAUAACAGAACACACCACUGAGACGUCUGAGAGUUACCUGUCUACAUACCUGCAUAUCUAAUAGUAACCACAACAGCUCCACACACCCUCACUGAAAAUACCAAACAGAAGCAGCACCUCAUUUUUAACCUAACUUAAGAAUUUUUUGACUGAGCAAGACUGAAAUACAGCAAGCCUGAGGGAUGCGUCUGCUGUCUUCUGGAUGGCUUCCUUAGGACUUUGGGUUUAUUAGAUGUGGUUGUAAAUCCGUCAUACUGUAUGUAAUUUUUUCAUGCUAUUCAAAGCUCUCAAGGUCCCACUUCUCAAUAGUCGUGUCAACGGUGUUUCAGAUUCUAAGCACCCUUGACAUGCUUAGCGCUUGAAAAAACGCUAAGCGAAAUCAUAUCGGCAAAUUUAGACAUUAGCACUAAUUCAAUUAUGGGCAUUUUAAAGUCAUUUUUGAUAUACAAUAAUUAUAAAACCGCUAUUAUAACAACUUGUGUUCCAAAGUGGUUUGGAGUAUUUACGUGACAGCAGUUUUUUGCUAAUAAAUGCUUCUGAACUACAAGAAAUCUGUGAAAUUGGUUGUCGGUGCCUUUAAAUAAAACUCUAAACAAAAUUUCAACCUUUUGACCAGUGAAUUUCCAUAAGCUUUCCAGCUCAUUUCUGGAUGAAAAUAAAUAUUUUAUUGAGUUUU